AUGGUACCAAACUGUGAAACCUACAUUCGUUGCUCCUGGACCUUCCGGUUUAUCUGCCUGGCGCUACCGUUAAUCAUACACCUACGAGCCAGUAGUGCGCUCGAUUAUGUGCACGGUAAGCCGAGUUCCGUUGCCAUGGAGCCAGAUGUUACUUCCGCCAUUUUCAUCGUCAGUACAAGUCUGGCGCUUGGACGAAUUCUAGCGAGCAUUAUUCCAUUCUACGUCGACGAACAGCAGACGAUGACGUUGCAGGUACAAACCUUGCUAAUUUGUCUAACCUUGAUGCUUGCGAAUAUUGUGUUCUGUGAUUUGGCAUUGCGCUUAAUAUGGAUUCCAAUACAGUACGCGCUGUGGUGGUUGUGCAAGCACAAAAUAUUGACGCUAUUUGUGAAGGCAUUUUUAUUCUUUGUCAAAGAUUACGCACUGCUUCGUCCGUACUAUUUGAAGGCUUUGGCGGUUUCCGCAUCUAAGCGAGGCUUUCAUUUUUUACGGCUAGUGACGGUUUUGCAAAUUCUAAACUCAGUUCUUUUACGACUGGAGAGAUAUCCCAUGAAAACAGUUGUCGAAAGAAAUUCUCCAACACCAUCGUGUGAAGUGCCGGAAGGAACGCACGUAGCUAAUGUGCAGGAUAAAGACCUUAUAACAGAUCCAUCGAAUUAA